AUGCCUUUGACUCCCGAACAGGUCCAGACCAUCAAGGCCACUGUCCCGGUCCUUCAGAUCCAUGGCAAGACCAUCACCACUGUGUUCUACAAGAACAUGCUCGAUGCCCAUCCCGAGCUGAACGCCGUCUUCAACACGCCCAACCAAGUCAAUGGCCACCAGCCGCGCGCCCUCGCCGGCGCUCUGUUCGCCUACGCCUCCUACAUCGACGACCUGGGCGUGCUCUCGCCUGCUGUGGAACUGAUUUGCCACAAGCACGCCUCGCUCUACAUCAAGCCCGAGCAGUACGAGAUCGUCGGCAAGUAUCUCCUCGAGGCCAUGGGCGAGGUGCUCGGCGACGCCCUCACGCCCGCCAUUCACGAAGCCUGGGCCGCCGCGUACUGGCAACUCGCCAACCUGAUGAUCGGCCGCGAAGCCCAACUCUACCAGGAAGCCAACGGCUGGACCGACUUCCGCGAAUUUCGCAUCGCCAAGAAGAUCCCCGAGUCGUCGGAGAUCACCUCCUUCCACCUCGCCCCCGUCGACGGCAAGCCUCUGCCCUCGUUCCGCCCCGGCCAGUACAUUUCCAUCCAGGUGUUCGUGCCCGAGCUCAAAUACCCGCAAGCCCGCCAGUACUCGCUCUCCGAUAAGCCCGAAUCCGACCACUACCGCAUCAGCGUGAAGCGGGAAUCCGGCCUCAACCCCGCCCAGCCCGGCGCCGCGGCGCACCCGGGCUACGUGUCGAACAUCCUGCACGACCAGAUCAAGGAGGGCGACAUCGUCAAGCUCUCCCACCCCUUCGGCGACUUCUUCCUGCAGGACGCCGAGGCCACGAGCCCGAUCGUUCUCCUCGCCGCCGGCGUCGGCCUUACCCCUCUCACCUCCAUCCUGAACACCCUAACCGCCACCUCCACGCAGCGGAAAAUCCACUUCGUGCACGGCGCGCGCACCUCCGCCGCCCGUCCUUUCCGCCCACACAUCCAGUCGCUCGCCGAGAAAUUCCCCAACCUGCACGCCACGUUCUUCACGAGCCACCCUGCGGCGGAGGAAACGCAAGGCGCGGAUUUCGAUCACGCCGGCCGGAUCGAUCUCAGCACGCUAGACGCAGAGAAGGACCUAUUCCUGGACGACCAGAAGACCGAGUACUAUAUCUGCGGUCCGAAGGGGUUUAUGGGCGCCAUGAAGGCCGGGUUGGCGGCUAAGGGCGUCAGCGAUGAUCGCAUAAAAAUGGAAUUGUUUGGUACGGGUGGCGUUCCUUCUGCAUAA